AUGGUACACGACAAGCUAAUAUUGGAUGACAAAACCGAAGAGAUUGGGUUAGCGAAUUCUGCAAAAGAAGAAUCAGUAUCUAAUAUUAGUAAUGUUGUCGGUGAGAAUGUGGUUGAUGAGGAGAGCGAGAGUGAGGCUGAAAACUCCGAAAACGAUGACACCGAUGAUGAAAAUGAUGAUUAUUGGAUUAGCUGUGCGGGAAAGCUCAAGCAUCUGCUAUCCACUUUGGAGCAAAGAGGUAAUUUGACGUUAAACAUUCUAACACAACCAUGUACCCCAAAUAUCGAAGAGUUUGCGAUAUCUGCAAAUGAGUUUGCCAACGAGAUUAAAACCCAGUGUAAUGAUUUAGAAAAAUCUGCUGAACGACUUAAAGUCAAAAUUGACAGGCAAAAAGGAUCUGUACAACCUGGAGAAGCAGCAGCACUAAUAGAACACGACCCUGGAAAAAGAAAAAAAGAUUUGUCGGAUAGCCAACGCCGUUUUGUGAUAAACCUAGGUCCCUACCAGCCUCGCUUGACAGUUUAUCCAAGUAAUGCAUUCAUUGAAUCUGGUAAACAAAAUAAGUUUUCAAGCACCUGGUUCAAAGAUUUUCCACAUCUUGAAUAUAGCGUUCAAAAUGACGCAGCAUUUUGCUAUGUUUGUUCCUUAUUUCCAAACGGCGCUGGAAGACCCUCUUCAGAUGCUUCAUGGACUAUUAAUGGCGUUAGACAGUGGCACAAAAUGAAGAGUGUUGGAAAAGGAAAGAAGGGCAAGCUGAUACAGCAUUUCACCAGCCAAAGUCACAGAGAAGCAUUACGAGAUUUUGCAAGAUUCCCUAACCCACAUCAGAACGUUGAUGCACUUUUGGAUUUGUCUCGUCGUCAUGAAAUGAUUAAAGAAACUGACGACGCAAUGUUUAACACCAAAAUUAUGUUAAUAUUAUGUGAUGCUGCUCGCACCAUGGCUAUGCAGGACCUUGCAUUUCGUGGAAAUACUGACGAAUCCAGCAACUUUCAUGAGAUUGUGAGGUUAAUCAGUCGACAUUGCGGCAUUUUGAAAUACUGGCAGAACCAAACAAGGAUGCGACCAUACCAUGUUACCUAUAUGAGCAAAGACACCCAAAAUGAGUUGAUAAAGUUGCUAGGUGACGCAGUGAGGCAUCGUAUGGUGAAGGAGCUAGAGGAAGUCUCAGCGUUCUCAGUAAUGGCUGAUACUACCCCGGACACAAGCAAUAAAGAUCAGAUGGCAAUUGUUGUAAGAUACGUCGUCAAUGCCAAGCCGGUUGAGCGUUUACUGUGUCUGAGGAUUCUCAAAGACAAGUCCGGAGAAGGCCAUGCUGCAGAAAUUUUGAAAGCUCUCAAUGAGUGUAGUGUGGACCCACAAAAACUCGUCUUUCAAUCGUACGAUUUUGCGUCAUGUAUGUCUGGAAAGUAUAAAGGAUGCCAACGAGUGCUAAGUGAUAAAAUUCAAGAAGAUUUUCCACACAAAAAGGAAAUCCUUUACAUCCCAUGCCAGGCUCACAGGCUGAGUACAUAUGUAGAACGAAGCUCCAAAGCAAGCAGUCUUGUAUCAUCGAUGUUUGACAUAUUACAGUCAUUGUACACAUUCUUUUCUAGUAGCACCAAGCGAUCUGAAGCACUUGAAAAAGCACAAGUUGAAAUAGAAGGGGCCUUGAAGAUGCGAAAUCUUUCGCAAACUCGUUGGAUUGCUAGAUCUGAAUCUAUUGACAGUGUCUGGAUCUCUUUGACAGUAAUCGUCUCGCUGCUCGAGCAGAUAAUGGAUAGACAACUUGACUGUGACAAAAACACACAGGAUCAAGCCAAAGCAAUUUUGAAGAAAAUGAAAACAUUUGAUUUUGUUUUCAGCUUGGCUACUAUGAGAUUCAUAAUCGGCGCUGUAAGGUUCUGGUUGUGCAACUUCAGGAAGAGGAUAAUUACAGAUUGUAAAGAAAACUGGGGUAGCAUUUUGAAGAAAAUAAAGCCGUUCACUGUUUUGUUGCCUCCUUGGGAUAACUUAAGGGAAGAACAAGCAGAGGAUCUGGAGCAUUUGUUGUCGGGGAAAGUUUCAAGUGGCAGUCUUAUUGCAGAGCUUACUGUUUUGAGAGAGGACUUCCAAGAGAAAAAGUUGGUGAAGAGCAUGACAGUCCGUGAAAUUGCAAAGUUCGUAUAUAGUCGAAGGCACAUUUAUCCGGCAAGCAACACAGCAUAUACAUUCCUUCAAACAGCACCAAUUACUGUGGCUUCAAAUGAAAGAUCUUUUAGCAAACUAAAGUUGGUGAAGACUAAGCUGCGGAGCACAAUGCUCCAGGACCGCCUGGAAUCUCUGAUGCUGAUAUCAUGCGAGAAGGAUUUCUCUGAAAAUGUCAACUUGGAAGAUGUUGUCAAGAACUGGAUACACUUAAAAAACAGAAGAGUUCGAUUUGACACUACUUAA